AUGUCUCGCAAUAUGCUCAUCGCCGGAUACUCCGAUCGCGGGACUGCAGCAGUCCUGGCUGUGGCUUUCCAUAGCCACGGUGACUGCUUGCUCGUAAGUGCCAGAAAUCCAUCCAAGACGGCGUCUCUCAAUGUCCUCGGAAUCGAAACUCUUCCACUUGACGUCCAAUCUGAGGAAUCCGUCAAAGCUUGCAUACAGCAGGUGUCGGCCCUCACUGGAGGCUCUCUUGACGUGCUGGUCAACAACGCUGGUACCGCCUACUACAUGCCUGUAUUCGAUUCUGCGAUCUCAGAAAUGGAGAAGCUCUUCGACUUGAACGUGUUGUCCAUGGUCCACAAGAUGAAACACUUGUUCGCUAUCCUCCGCAACUCCAAACAUGGUGGCCACCUUGGAUCCAAUACUUCAAUGGCCGGCAGCUUCAGCAUGCCAUGGCAGGGGAUCUGGCGGGGUACAAGCGCGUUCAAGCUGUGCACAGGCCGUCAUCACAUUAUUGCCUGGGAUGCUUGUGAACUACAUGAUAUCAGGGUUGGAUAUUGUGGCGGGCGAAGUCAAAGCGGAGUCGAAGAACAGUAG